GUUGUAUUUGGAUGAUUUUCCAAAUUUGUAUCCAUUUGAUAGAGAUCUACAUGAAAGGGUUCUCGAUGAAGAAAUGUGUCAGCGACAACUUUAUCAUAUGGUGUUUCAGGAUGCUGGAAUUCUUACACAAUUUGUGGACGCAGGAGCGAGAACUCCGAAAGGAAUAUUAAAUGGAAAUUUGAGAGACAUGGGAAACUAUCAUCAGUGUUUAUCCAUAAGGCAAAAUGCUUUAGAUAUGACAUUUGAAGGAAAAUAUUGUUUAAUCAAUGUACCUUUAAAUCAAGAAUUUGAUAUACCAUCCCUUGAAUGGCCUAUAUUUGACACGAAUACAUUAAAAAUUGACGGGUACUUGGAGCUAUUGGAACAAAAUGAAUUGAAAUACUCUCAAUUAAGAAAUGCAUUGUCUAUAGGAACUAAUAUAUUGGACUCAACUUCUAGGCUUGGUAAUGAUACUACUACUAUCUUUCGAAAUUUGGAGCUGAAAUUAGCUAUUUGUAUACCAAAGGUCUGCACAACACAUGAAGCAAUUAACAGUAUCAUAAAUGUAACAUCAUAUGGUUUUGUUUAUGAGGAUGAUAUGUGCAGACUGCCCAAUGAUAAGCAUUGGGUUGCUGGGGACUAUGUGGCUAUAGUGCUCUUUUCAAUCAUUGGUUUCCUGAUACUAGUAAGCACAUCAUAUGACCUUUAUCAUCUAUUUUACCUCAAAAGAAGUUCGGAUCAAAUGCAUCUACUACGUCUAUUUUCCGCUUACACAAACAUGGCAUACUUAUUACGUAGUUCUAGUAAACCAGGGACCCUUGAAUGUUUGGACGGAAUAAGAGCAAUUGCAAUUAUUUGGGUCAUUCUCGGACAUACUUUUGCAGUCAUACCAUCUGUUGUAGCUAACUUUUUUGAUAUGGCUGAGUGGGUUCAAAAAGUUCAAAAUAUUUGGGUGACUGGGGCUGAUCUCACUGUUGACACUUUUUUCAUGCUCAGCGGUUUGCUGGUAGUUUACAUCAGUUACGUCAAAUUUACACCAAAGUCUCUCUUGAUGAAUUUACACAAAUUUUACUUGGGAAGGUUACUUAGGAUGUUUCCAAUAUUGGCAAUAGUUAUACUCUUUGAAGCUUCUUUAUACAAUAGAAUAUCGGAUGGUGGAUUCUGGUACAUAGCUGCUGGAAACGUGCACACGUGCAGAGCGUUUUGGUGGACCACACUUCUCCACAUCCAAAACUUUGUCAAUCCUCAUCAACCUUGCAUUAUAGUAACGUGGUACCUGGCAAUAGAUGCUCAGCUUCAUUUAAUAUCUCCGUUGGUACUAUUCUGGCUGUUACGUGGUAGCAAGCGUUCUUCUUGGUCAGCUCUCAUCAUAGGACUUACCAUAUCACUGCUAGUUGCUACGCUUUACAUUUUUCUCGUGGAUACUAAUGACAACUACGCUCAUUACUAUGUGAAUAUAUUAACCCGUUCGCCACCAUUCUUCGUUGGUAUGAUUAUUGGAUAUAUUCUACGCAUGUACAGGAAUAAGAAGGUCAAAAUAUCACGAGUUAUAGCUGCAUUCUUUACUUUGGUCUGUAUCGGAAUGACCUAUCUGAUGCUUUACCUCAACUAUCUUAAUGGCCAACCUGAUUGGGGUAGCCAGACUACAUCAAAUUUGAUCAACGCAUUUACUCGCGCAAUAUGGGCAGCAAGUGUGGGAUGGAUUAUAUUCGUUUGUGUUAAUGGUUACGGGGGUCCAAUCAACUGGUUCCUAUGCUUAGAAAUAUGGAAGAUCCCUGCUAGAGUUUCCUAUGGGAUGUAUUUGGUACAUUUUUCAAUGAUGUUCGCUUACUAUUCAUCUGCGUUUCAAAAUAUCUAUUUCACAGUGCCUUCAACAUUAUUUCAAUUCAUCGGCUUCCUCAGCCUAACAAUCAUUCUUGCUAUACUUGUAACGGCACUUAUAGAAUUUCCUAUUGCGAUGCUUUUGAAACCCCUUCUGGAUAUAAAGCCACCUCAGCAAAAACCUCUAAUAAAGGAUUCACGAGAAAUCUCCGAUGAACAAAAUAAUAUUCCACCUCUAGCGAGUAGGGGUGGCAAAGUGAAUGAAGUCUUUGAGCCUGAUGAAAAUGAAAAUAGUGAAAAAAAUGUUGACAAGAGUAAAUAGUGAUUGUACAAAUAAAAUUGACUUUAGACUUAUUUUACUGAAUUCGUAAUAGUGGAUAAAUUCGUGGAUUUACUUUAUUAUAAAACAUGGAAACAUAAUUCUAAGAAUGUCUGUCCAUUGAAGUCGAUCUGGGAAUCGUAGCUCUACGUAUAAAUUUAUACUCCUCUUCACAAAUCUUAAAAUGGAGCGGAGAUAAAUUCAGUUUAUAUGCAUUUUAAUGCUAUUGGUAAGCUCCGUUCUGAUUCUCUCUCCAUUCUCUUAUCCUCUUCAAUGAACGGAAAUCUAAUAGAGAUGUUAUCAUUUUUCCUACUUAACCACUUUCAUAAUUGAUGUUUUUCCGAUGAGUUUUUGCUUCUUCAUUAUGUUGUACAAAGGCUCGCCAUGAUAUGAGUAGGAGUGCUUCGUACUUCAAAUAAACACCACCACAAACAAAUUCACUACCGUACUCAUAUCUUAAACUUCAUUAUUCAUUGUUGGAAUAAGUGUAGAAAAUACUUUCAUUUUUUGUACACUACAUGUAUGUAGUACUCGAUACCUUCAAUAUAAUCAAUCAUACCUAGCCUCAUUCUACGAUCUGUAUGUUAUCUUACUAGCCAAACGUCAAGUUAGAAAAUAAGAGAUAGAAAAAGCAACAUUAUUAUCCAUACAGAAACAAAACUCACCGACAUAAUGGAAAUAAUAGACCAACAAAAAUGGAAGUGGGCAGGGCACUUGAUUCGAGAUAGAAAAAGAAAAUGGAGCCAAGCAGCGACAGAAUGGUAUUCAAGGGUUGGCAAGUGAAAUCAAGGAAAGCAGUUUACUAGAUGAAAGGAUGAAAUUAAGUUAACAGCGGAUGUGAACUGGAGGAGAGUCAAACGAAACAGGAAACAAUGGAAAUCUUUAGAGGAGGAUUUUUAGGAGACCUAUGCCAAGAGCCACACCGAAAUUAGGGAUAUCUUGUUAAUUUAGUUUUAGAAUUAUUGUUUGAAUUAAGUUUUGUAAUAAAAGGACUUAUUCUUACUAUGAUAA